CUCAGCAGCAGCAGCAGCAGCAGAAGAAGGAGAAGUGUAAACAGCAUGUCGGCGGAUGGAUGUCCCGGGUAGAUGUUUAUUAUGUUGCGGUGAAGAUUUUACUGGUUUAAUGUUUUAAAUAGGUUUUUUUAUUUUAUCGGGGAUGGAGCACUACAAAGCGAGUCUGCAGACCGACUGUGAGCAGAUCCUGGGCAGCUUUCAGGCCUCUAACUCAGUUCGCUUUGAGGAGUUCAGUAAAAUCUGGAAACAGACAGACUUCUCCAGCAUCUUCCAUGGUAUUUCACAGAUCGGAGAGAAAAGAAUCUUCACACGUUUAGCUCUGACUGUAGCAUCUCCAUACCUCUUCCCACCGUACACCUUCCAGAUCCGAGUGGGAGGCCUUUACCUUCUGUAUGGUCUGUACAACUCCCAGAGCGUCACUCCAAAAGAAAAGAUUCGCAUGGCUCUAAAGGACUGGAGCGAUUUAAUAAAAUUUCAACAGGAUGCAGUUAAUGCCCAGCACUAUGACGUGGUCUACAUCCUGAAGAAACUCCUGUCUGACAAAGCUCUGUACUUCACUGCCAUGCCGGAUCCACUGUCGUUUAACGCAAAGAGAAAACAGAAGGAGGGUGGGAAUCUGAAUGAAAUGUUUGUUGACCGGCCGUCCCGUCCUCAGGAGCUGAUCAGCACCGACAUGCUGGAGGAGCUGGCUAACGUGCAUGAGCACUAUGAGAAGUUGAAGCAAGCAGUUUCAGCACAGGCAGAAAAGCCUGAACUCAAUCUUGUCAAACAGAACAUGGUUCCCAAACUGCACAGUGCUGUGGUCUCAUACUACAGCUGGCAGCAGAACCACACCGAGUUUGAGAGUCAGGAUGCUGAGAGUGACAGAGGUGCAGGAGAAGGAACUUCAAGUCAAGAAGAGAGUUCCCGCAGGGCCAAGCUCUUGGAAUCCAUCAAGGCCCGGUCUUAUGGACAGGCUGUGGAGGCUUCUAGGUCCCGCCGUCACAGACAAGUGGAAGUGACCUCAGCAGCCACCAACUCAGAGCCUGCAGCAGGAAGCUCGAGAUACACAAGUAAAGCUCCGAGCCUGAAAGAACGCACUGAACUCCGCUUCCUCAACCAAGGAGACCAGAAUGAAGGGCUACAGGGCGUGACCCGGAUAUGGCGGCUGUCUGCAGUAGAGAAGGAGAAAAUUGAAGAAGGCAAGAGACCACGAUUCAAUUGGAGUUCAGAAAGAGAGGGGGAUGAGGCCUGAUUGGAGAAAAUACUGCAGUACCAAAUACUCCAACCUUUGCUUAGUGCAUCAGUUGUGUUCUUGUUGAUGAUUACUGUUAAUAUGGUAUUUUAAUGAUUUUUUCUUAGAAUUUAGAAAAUAAUUGACUCAAAAAUUGACUUACAAUAGAAACCAAUAGGCAGGGGCCGGUGAUAAUUGGCAACUAAUAGAUAUAAGCAUCUAAAUAGAUAUAAAUAGAAUCAAAUUUCUGCUGGUUUGAUUUUAGGGGCGGUCAUUUAGGUCUUUGUUUUAAAUAAAAGGCCUCUUGUUAACAGAUUAUCACCAAUACAAGACUACCAUUACAGACUUACUCCAUUGAGUCAUAUUGGCCACAUGCUGAAGACAUGGCUAAGUUGGAAAAUCCUGGUAUAUAUACAUUGUAAUUAAUACUGUUUCCAUUGGUUGAUUCCAUAGCCAGAAUGCGGCCUAAUAUGAAUUCACACAAAAUCCAAAACUUUUAAUAGAACGUUUAAGUGAUUUUAAAUUGCUGUUGUUUCUAAUUUACACUGCAGUUUAGACUGAUGCAUAAAACAUUGUGUACUAUGUAAAAGGAAUUUUUUUUUUUUUUUAAAGGUGUAUAUUUUACUUUUUAUUUUAUCUUGAUGUCUUGAAAAUGCUGCUGUAAACAGUUAUUCAUGGUAUUUUUUUUUAAUGACCGUGUUUUGUAGAAAAAAAAAGAAAAAAAAAAAAGCUUUUUUCAUAUAAAACAAAUGUCGUUUUUUUUCCCCUCUUGGUCUAUGCUGGUUUCUUGUGUUAUAGGAUGCCUUUAAUACACAAACACUUGCAUUAAGUAUUAAGUCAUACCCCUGUAGCCUACACCUGACAUUUCCCCGUAAAAAUUCACGCAAA